AGUCGCUUCUCCCUUCCUUUCAGGGAAGGGACCCAUAGGCAGUGAGUGUCCAAAAAUCCAACCAGGGAGCAUGGCAGUGAGACACAGGUUAAUAUGAAAACCAAUUGGAGACAUAUACUGGAAUAUACUUAUUUGAUGUGUUGCAUUACUAUUGCUACAAGUUGAAGUCAUGAGAUCUUCAUCUUCCCGUCUAAGUUUCUCUUCGAAAGAACCAAUAUGGAAUCGGAUGCCAGAUCAAAUAUCGGUGUCGGAGUUUCUGUCGGAAACAACAGAGGAUUACAACUCUCCCACCACAUCUAGUUUCACCACCCGCCUGCAAAGCUGCAGGAACACAAUCAACGUGUUGGAGGAGGCACUGGAUCAGGACAGAACUUCAUUGCAAAAAGUCAAGAAGUCAGUCAAAGCCAUUUACAACUCUGGCCAAGAUCACAUUCAGAAUGAGGAGACGUAUGUCCAGGCACUGGAUAAGUUUGGCAGUAACUUCAUCAGUCGGGAUAAUCCGGACCUGGGCACGGCCUUUGUUAAAUUCUCCACUCUGACCAAAGAGCUCUCGGCUCUGCUUAAAAACAUGCUUCAGAGUCUGAGUCAUAACGUGAUCUUUACACUGGAUUCCCUGUUGAAAGGCGACCUGAAGGGCGUAAAGGGGGACCUGAAAAAACCCUUUGACAAGGCUUGGAAGGACUACGAAGCCAAGUUUACAAAGAUUGAGAAGGAGAAACGUGAGCAUGCCAAGCAGCAUGGGAUGAUCAGAACGGAGAUCACUGGGGCGGAAAUCGCAGAGGACAUGGAGAAAGAGCGACGGCUUUUCCAACUACAGAUGUGUGAGUACUUGAUCAAAGUGAAUGAAAUUAAGACCAAAAAAGGGGUUGACCUCCUUCAGAACCUGAUCAAGUAUUACCACGCACAAUGCAACUUUUUCCAAGACGGCCUGAAGACUGCAGAUAAACUAAAGCAAUACAUUGAGAAAUUAGCAGCUGAUCUUUACAAUAUUAAACAAACACAGGAUGAAGAGAAAAAACAGCUCACAGCGCUAAGGGAUCUCAUUAAAUCAUCUCUACAGCUGGACCAGAAGGAGGACUCUCAGAGCAAACAGGGCGGUUACAGCAUGCACCAGCUGCAGGGUAACAAAGAGUUCGGCAGUGAGAAGAAAGGAUAUCUGAUGAAGAAGAGUGAUGGGUUGAGGAAGGUCUGGCAGAGGAGGAAGUGCUCAGUUAAAGGAGGAGUCCUCACCAUCUCUCAUGCCACUUCAAACAGGCAACCAGUCAAACUCAACCUGCUCACAUGUCAGGUGAAGCCCAGCGCUGAGGACAGGAAAUGCUUUGACCUCAUUUCACAUAAUCGCACGUAUCACUUCCAGGCCGAGGACGAGCAGGAGUUUAUUGUAUGGAUUUCAGUUUUAACUAACAAUAAGGAGGAGGCGCUUAACAUGGCAUUCAGAGGAGAGCAAAGUGGAGGAGAUGAUGGGCUGGAAGAUCUCACUAAAGCUAUUAUAGAUGACGUGCUGCGUAUGCCGGGCAAUGAAGUCUGUUGUGACUGUGGAGCUCCAGAUCCAAAAUGGUUGUCGACUAAUCUGGGAAUUCUGACAUGCAUCGAGUGUUCGGGCAUUCACAGGGAGAUGGGUGUCCAUAUCUCACGAAUCCAGUCCAUGGAGUUGGACAAACUGGGAACCGCUGAACUCUUGCUGGCCAAGAAUGUGGGGAACAGUAGUUUUAAUGAAAUAAUGGAGGGGAAUCUUCCCUGCCCAUCUCCUAAACCCACUCCUGCUAGUGACAUGACUGCCCGUAAGGAGUUCAUAAACGCGAAGUAUGUCGAUCAUAAGUUCGCAAGGAAAACCUGCACUUCAGCAGCUGCCAAGAUGAGUGAAUUGUAUGAAGCGGUCAGGUCACAUGACCUGCUAGCUCUCAUCCAGGUGUAUGCAGAGGGGGUGGAGCUUAUGGAACCACUACCUGAAUCAGGACAGGAAGCAGGUGAGACGGCACUGCACUACGCCGUGAGGACGGCCAACCACACUUCACUGCACCUGGUCGAUUUUCUUGUCCAGAACAGUGGGAAUCUGGAUAAACAAACCGAGAGAGGGAACACAGCGCUGCAUUACUGCUGUUUGUAUGAGAAACAUGAAUGUCUGAAACUGCUGCUGAGGGGCAAACCAGCUACUGAUAUCACCAAUCAGAAUGGAGAGACAGCGCUGGAUUUGGCAAGGAUGAUGAAGAUCACCCAAUCUGAGGAAGCACUGGCACAGGCUGCUGCAGGAAAGUUUAAUUUGAAAGUCCAUGUUGAAUACGAAUGGAAUCUCCGACUGGAGGAACUGGACGAAAGUGACGACGACCUGGAUUACAAACCGAGUCCCAUUAAGAAGGACCGUUCUCCUCGGCCGCAGAGCUUCUGUCACUCGUCCAGUCUUUCUCCUCACGACAAGCUCUCUCUGCCUAGUUUCGUUAGUCACCGUGACAAGCAACGUCUCUCGUACACUUCGCUGACCAAUCCGAUGUAUAGUGUGUCCACCGACUGCCCCUCCUCCCCUGUCUCUGAUGCUCCGCCUCUUCCCCCGAGGAAUGCAGGCAAAGCUCCUUCUUUGGCUUUUCUUGGUUCUCAUUCACACUAUGCUACUCUGGCUAGCACUCGACAAUACAUCACCACUCCCUCGAAUUCGACACCCUCCACCCUCGCCCCUUCCUCGCAGACCCCCAAUAAUGGCAGCUCCACCCUGUCUAAGAAGAGACCCCCACCCCCUCCCCCUGGACACAAACGCACAUUGUCUGACCCCCCCACCUCACUCUCAUACACCGUGUCCUGUAAAGGAAGCGAUUCAACACCGCCACCUGUCAACAAGAUGUCUCCUGCAUCAAACAGAUUUGAGGGAAUCCCACAUCAGCAAAGUCUUAACACCAAUAAACCCACACUUGGACCACGGGUUCUUCCCAAACUACCUCAGAAGGUUGCUUUGCGCAAGAUCGACACCAUCCAUCACCCAUCUAUGGAUAAAACCAACCAGCCUCCCGAGGCGAUCGUGUUCCAGAAAAAUCUGCAAAGUUCUGACGCCGCACCGAAAAUCCCGUUAGCCGACAGACCUCAACCUGCAGACGUACCUCCUAAACCCCAGCCUUCAGAAUUACCCCCCAAACCAGGAGAACUACCUCGUAAACCUCAGCUGUCAGACCUUCCUCCCAAACCCCAGCUGGGUGACCUUCCCCCUAAACCUCAGCUGAAAGACCUCCCGCCCAAACCCAACCUGACUGACAUCUCUCCACCCAAACCUGUAACCAGUGAAGUUGUACAUAAACCUCCCCCCGGUGAAGUUGCCCCCAAGCCUCAACCAUCAGAUACUCCAACAGUGAUUCUUGAAGAAGAAGUGUCACCUCAGCCGGUCAUGGCUAGUGAAGACACCAACGGAAGUCCAACCUCGGCGCAUGACACACCGGUACCGUUACCAAGAAAAAUCAAUCCGAUCAAGAGUAAGAUGCGAAGGGUGAAGACCAUUUAUGAUUGCCAGGCAGAUAAUGAUGAUGAGCUGACUUUCGUUGAGGGUGAGGUCAUCGUGGUAACGGGCGAAGAAGAUCAGGAGUGGUGGAUCGGGCACAUCGAGGGAGAGCCAGAGAGGAAGGGUGUAUUUCCCAUGUCUUUCGUUCAUAUCUUAUCUGACUGACACCAAUGUUGGUCUUCUGCCUCCCACCCAGUGCAAUACCUCUGGCUAUGGGACGUCACAUACUUGACUUAGCUGCUGAAUCAACAAGUUAUAAUACAAGUUUUACGAAGAUGGAAUCACCACUAGAGACAGACUGUAAAUAAAGUGUCCCAACAGUACCACCGUUUCUCUUUCUGCUUAUAAAGUUGUACGUCAGAUUGCAUCCAUCCAGCACUUUUCCCACCUGUAAUACCGUUACUGUAUCUUUGUAUAUAAUGUACAUAAAUGUGUGUGCGUGUGUUUCACACAAGGAUGAGUGUGUGCCUUUGUGCAAAAGUAGAAACUUGUGCUAGUCUGAAAAGGUAAAAGUUUUAGAAAUAAAUGUGGCCAUUGUUGAUAUCCAUGGCAGGGACAGAUUAAAGUUUGCUUCUCUUCCGAAUGGAAUAACUGGAUUAAGUUUCCUUAACCUCCAUACGUUUUGUGUUACAGUCACAUUUCUUAAUACACCACUAAAGCAUGUUCAAGAGUAAAAUAUCGCUCAUUCUUGCUACUUUGUAAAAUAAUUAACCUGUGCAAUUCAUACACAUUUAACUGUGGUAAACGUUUAUGGUCGAUUCCACCAUAUCAGUGUUCAUCUCAUCUGCACCUGUAGUCUUGCUUCGUGUUUCAGUUAUGUUCUGCAAACAUAAUGGUUACCUAUCCACAUGACUCCAUGUUACAUUUGACUAUCUUCACAAGUGUUUGAAGUUUGGAUUUGAUACUUGAACUUGUACUUUGAAAUGUUUAUUUUGCGAUCAUGUUGGAGUUAUAUUUUCAAAUAGGAAUGUACUGUAUUACAGUAAGAAUGCUUAUGUCGUGAAAUUUCAAGACAAGAUUUUAUCUUGCACUAACUCCAAGGAUUAAAGCCAGCCUGGUGCCGUUUAUUUCACCAAGUCGAACGUUUACUGGAGGGCAUUAUGAAGAUAUUGUUCGGGAGACCUGGAGGUAAUGCACCAAGAAACUGCAGUUGCAGUCAAAUUUAUCCUCAAUGGAGUGAUUGUCAGUAAAGUUUAACCCCUUUUCUCCCAUACCUACAGAAACUGGUUGUAUUUGGAUAAACUAUGUGACUGCAGAUUCAGAGGACUGUGUCCACUGUCUGAACAUAUCUGUCAUUUACCAUUCCACUAUCAAUAAAAAUAUUUAAUGUUAAA